GAGAUGAUGAUGAUGUUGACAGCUGUUAGUAGCCCUUAGAGCCCAACAUAGAUCAGCAACAUCCAGGAAGGAGAGGUGAUCUCCGCCGCCCCGGACACAUUUCCUCGCCAUUUUUUGCACCGUCCUCAGCGAGUGUCAUCAGUUUACGAGGAUGGAGGACAAGUUUUGCUUCGCCAUAGAUCGCGGUGGUACCUUCACGGACGUGUAUGCCCGGUGCCCAGGGGGUAAGGAGAGAGUGCUGAAGUUGCUCUCUGAGGACCCCAGUAACUACCAGGAUGCCCCCACAGAGGGCAUACGCAGAGUCAUAGAGCAGGAGACUGGAAAAAGUAUUCCCCAAAAUUCAUCUAUAGAAACUAACAAUAUAGGUUGGAUACGUAUGGGGACGACUGUUGCUACAAAUGCUCUCUUGGAACGAAAGGGGGAGAGGAUGGCUUUAGCCAUAACUAAAGGCUUCAAGGAUCUGCUUUACAUUGGCAAUCAAGCUCGUCCAAAUAUAUUUGAUUUGGAAAUAGUGUGUCCAGAUGUUCUGUACGAAGAGGUGGUUGAAGUGCAGGAAAGAGUGGUACCACGGCAGAACACAAGUGAAAGUGAAGUAGUUAACAAUCACUGGAGUUUGAGCAAAGGAUCAACUGGUGAUGAAAUACUAGUAACAAAAGAACUGGAUGAAGCCAAGCUACAGCAAGAUUUGAAAGAAAUUUUGAAAAAGGGCAUAAAAUCACUGGCUGUGGUGUUAAUACAUUCUUAUAUGUAUAAGGUCCAUGAGGAAAAGGUUGGGGCAAUUGCUGAAGAGUUGGGUUUCAGUCAUGUCUCUCUUUCAUCUCAUGUUAUGCCUAUGGUGAAGGUAGUCCCUCGUGGUUUCACUGCUUGCUCCGAUGCUUACCUCACACCUCGCAUCAGGUCUUAUGUUAAGGGAUUUUCUUCUGGCUUCAAGAAUCGGCUAAAAGGAGUCAAUGUUCUUUUCAUGCAAAGUGAUGGAGGGCUAACACAAAUGGAAAGGUUCAUUGGGUCGCGAGCUAUUCUUUCGGGACCUGCAGGUGGCGUUGUUGGCUAUGCUAUGACUAGUUAUAAGAAUUUUGGCUGCCAGCCCAUUAUUGGAUUUGACAUGGGAGGCACAUCUACUGAUGUAUCCCGUUAUGCUGGUGAAUAUGAGCAUGUAUUUGAAAGUACAACAGCUGGAGUAACUAUUCAAGCUCCACAGCUAGAUGUGAACACUGUGGCAGCUGGUGGUGGAUCUCGGUUGUUUUUUCGCUCUGGGAUGUUUGUGGUUGGUCCAGAAUCUGCUGGAGCUCAUCCAGGUCCUGUGUGUUAUAAAAAAGGAGGGCUGCUCGCAGUGACUGAUGCAAAUUUAGCCUUGGGUCGUCUCUUACCACACUACUUCCCAAAGAUCUUUGGUCCUGAAGAGAAUGAACCACUUGAUAAAGAAAGUACAAUGAAAGCUUUUAAAAAAAUAACAAAUGAAGUGAAUAUCUACAACUCUGACAUAAGCAAACACCUUAGUAUAGAGGAAGUAGCUAUGGGGUUCAUUCGUGUGGCUAAUGAAGCUAUGUGUCGACCAAUCAGAGCUCUCACACAGGCAAAGGGCUAUGACACAUCACAUCAUGUGCUGGCUGUUUUCGGUGGAGCUGGUGGCCAGCAUGCAUGUGCUGUGGCACGGGCACUGGGCAUGCAGUCUGUAAUGAUCCACAAAUAUCUGGUUUUUUCUGUUUUGGGGGCCCUUGCUGAUUAGUACAUGAAACACGGGAAACCAUGUUCAAAAACUUAUGAGCCAGAAAAUUUCCUUUAUCUGAACUCGCAUCUUGAAGCACUGGAGAAAACGUGUGUUGACUCUCUGCAACAACAGGGAUUUUCUUCUGCCAACAUUGUUUGCGAAGCGUACCUGAAUAUGCGUUACCAGGGUACAGACUGUGCACUGAUGUGCUCAUCUGUUAAAGAUGGAGCUAGUAGCAAAAGUAAUGCAUGUAGUUAUGGUGACUUCAGAAAGGCAUUCUUGGAAAGGUACAAGAGAGAAUUUGGAUUUGUCAUUGACGACAGACAAAUAUUUGUGGAUGACAUUCGAGUUCGAGGAAUUGGAAAGUCGGCAAUAAAAACAGAUGAAAAUAUAGCUCAAGCCAAAGGAGAACCAAAGAUAGAAGCUGUAACAAGUGUGUACUUCGAAGAAGGCUGGUUAGAUACAAAAGUGUAUAUGUUGUCAUCAUUGGCAUGUGGACACAUUAUAACUGGACCUGCCAUUAUCAUGGACAAGUUGUCUACUAUAUUGAUAGAACCAGAUUGCAUAGGCCACAUCACACCUCAAGGAGAUGUACAAAUAAAAAUUGGAAGUUCCAAAAAAAAGAUAAUUGGAGCUGACCUAGAUGCAAUUCAGCUAUCAAUUUUCUCGCAUCGGUUCAUGAGUUUGGCCGAGCAGAUGGGAAGGAUUUUGCAAAGAACCUCUAUUUCAACAAACAUUAAAGAACGACUUGACUUCUCAUGUGCACUGUUUGGACCUGAUGGUGGAUUGGUGUCCAAUGCUCCUCAUAUUCCAGUUCAUUUAGGAGCUAUGCAAGAAACUGUACAAUAUCAGUUAGAGGUGCUUGGAGAUAGCCUGAAAGACGGGGAUGUUUUGCUAUCGAAUCAUCCUUCAGCAGGAGGCUCACACUUACCUGACCUUACUGUUAUCACUCCAGUUUUUUACAAGGGUGUACAUUGUCCAGUGUUCUACGUGGCUAGCCGUGGUCACCAUGCAGAUAUUGGUGGCAUCACUCCUGGUUCAAUGCCUCCCCAUUCUACUUCCAUACAAGAAGAAGGAGCAGUCUUUUUAACAUUUAAACUUGUUGACCAAGGUGUCUUUCGGGAAAAUGAACUGAUUGACGCUCUCAUGGCUCCUGGUAAGAUUCCUGGAUCAUCUGGAACUCGCAAUCUACAGGACAACCUCUCGGAUCUUCGAGCUCAAGUUGCAGCUAACCACAGAGGAAUUCAACUUGUGAAUGAACUAAUUGAUUACUACAGUUUAGAUGUAGUUCAAGCAUACAUGAGCCACAUUCAAUCAAGUGCUGAACUAGCUGUUAAAGAUCUCCUGAAGGAGGUGGGAUCUCAAGUAUUUAGAAAAAGAGGUGCUGCUUCACUUCAUGCAAUUGAUUACUUGGAUGAUGGAUCAACCAUUGAAUUGACAGUAAAUAUCGACAUUGAGAAGGGAACAGCUGUGUUUGAUUUUGAUGGAACAGGGCCAGAAGUUUGGGGCAAUUGCAAUGCACCGAAAGCCAUCACUGUCUCAGCUGUUAUUUAUUGCCUUCGCUCCAUGGUUGGUCAUGAUAUACCCCUCAAUCAGGGUUGUCUGAAACCAGUAACUAUAAAGAUUCCUCCAGGCUGCUUAUUGGACCCUUCACCAGAUGCAGCAGUUGUUGGUGGUAAUGUGCAGACAUCACAGAGAAUAGUUGAUGUCAUUCUACAUGCCUUUGGUGCUUGUGCUGCAUCCCAGGGCUGCAUGAACAAUAUAACCUUUGGUGAUGAGAGUGUGGGCUAUUACGAGACAGUGGCUGGAGGUGCAGGAGCGGGCCCAGCUUGGCAUGGCCGCAGUGGGAUUCACGUUCACAUGACAAAUACUAGAAUUACAGAUCCAGAGUUACUGGAAUCCCGUUACCCAGUUAUUCUCAAUAAAUUCACUCUGAAUCAAGGAACCGGCGGCAGAGGAAAGUUCAGGGGUGGUGAUGGUGUAACUAGAGAGUUGGUAUUUCGACGCCCUCUGACGCUUUCCAUUCUCACUGAAAGAAGAGUCUUUGCACCUUAUGGACUUGAGGGUGGUGGUGAUGGACAAAGAGGAAAUAAUGUUCUGUUGAUUCGUAAGUGCGGUCGUGUAAUUCGUCUAGGUUCAAAAGCAUCGGUGAAAGUUGAAAAAGGAGAUAUGUUCCGGUUAUUGACACCUGGAGGGGGAGGUUAUGGGACUCCCAGUGAUUCUGACAUACCUUCCAAUGAGUGCCUUGAACCACCUUCCAAGAGGCAGCGGCAGAUUGAAAAAGGAAGUGUUUAUGAAUAUAAAAGGACACAAGAAAGUGUAUGAUAACACUUUGUAUAUGUUUAGGAACUUUAAUAGUUGUAGUCUUGUAAGCACUGCUGUUAACCCAUUUGUUAUUUUAAUUACUUAAUGGAUAAAAAAUGUAAUAAAUAAAAAAUGCCCACAACAAUAUACUGUAACUUGUAACUAGAACUUCAAGCUAAGAAAAGAUUUCACUGGGCCUUACUCAUUGUCCAUUAACUGUAAAUCCUUGAUUCUUCCAGGUGACAUUUCCCUUCCCUUCAUCCCCUGAAGCUGAAUCAUAAGUAGUGGGUUGUGCUUGGGUGACUUCAACACUUCCUUCCAAGCACAUGACAUGAAUGAAGGGCCCAGCAUUUUUUUUGGUUUAAUUGGUGUGGAUAGUUUAUUAAAAUCCCAGCACUGGAUGAUUCCUCAGCAGGUUUAGCAAUUUUUCCUUUGAAUAAAUAUUGACCACAUGGCACAGGGGUACCAUGGACACAACUGUCCAUCACAAGAACCCAGAAGGCACUUCAGAUGCAGCCAGUUGCUUUAGGGGAUCUCAAGACAUCCGACUUUGAGGGGCAAGGUCAGCAUAAAUUUUUGGUCUCAUCGACCAGUCUACCAGGGUGGUGUAUUACUUUGGACAUAGCAUUGUGCUAGGUGCCUUCCAUUCACUGUACUUUAAUAUGGUCACUGUAUAAUGUAGGGAGGUACAUAGAGAGGAUGAAUCAAAAUAAGAUGAAUAGGAGGGUAUAAUCUGAGGGGUAAGGAUUAGGAGGGGGUAAAGAAGAUUUUGAGUGCUAGGGACAUGAACAUCCAAUAGGCUUGCAUGAGUGCAUUAAAUCAGAGUGGAGGCAAGAGGUUUUUAUGACUUAUGUUUUUGGUGUGUGAGAAAGGUAUUAUAAAGGGAUUCAAGAAAACUGGGUAGCCAAACUUGAGUCCUAGAGGUGGGAAGUACAGUGCUUGCACUCAAGAGGGCCAUCAGAACUGUGAUGCCAGCAUGAAUCUGGCAAGACUGCAUUUUGACUGAAUGACAGUGAAUGAAUUUCCUCUUUUUUGGGUCACCUUGCUUUGGUGGGAGAUGGCUGGUGUGUUUAAAAAUAGUAUAAGAAAAAAGUGGUAAUUCAUUGAUUAUGGUAUGUUUGCUUUGGGGCUCAUUGCACUACAUUAAGAAUUACACAAAAACUGAGAACCUUUGGAAUUAUUGAGAUGCAAUGCGACAUCAUACAGCCUUAUCAUUUUAACCCUUUAGACCCAACAAUGACAAACUAUCCUUGGUUAAUUUGUAACCCUUAAAACCCAACAAUAAAACUAUCAGUUACAGACUGGAUUACUUUUUUCUGUAGGUUUCAAAUUUAAUUUCAUCUUUGUACUUUUUCUUUGCCAAUUUUUAUAUUGAUAGAAAAUACAGUAAUUCUAAUUUAAGAAGAUAUUGAAUGAUCUUUUUCUUUGUCAAUUUUAAAUGAUUCAUUUUAUAACUGUAAUAGUAUGGAAAUAAAGAACAUGGAGUAUAUUUGCAGAUUCAUUUAUUAUUUUUUAUUCAUAAAAUAUGAAUUGUCUAAAUGGUUAAAAAAAACAAGGAUUUAACACAAUCAUACACAGAUUUAUUUUAUAACUUACGUAUAAGCUUUACAUUAUUCACCUCAUUUUGAAACACUACAAAGCUUGAGUAUUAUAAAACUGAAGUAGUGCCUGGAGAAGGUGAUAUCUCCUCUUAUAUUUUUUUUUUGUUUUCUCCUGU